CACUGGUCUUUCAACAUAUAUUCAUCCAAACCCUUGUGCAUCAGGUCUCUCCCCUGCUCUUUCAUUCAACACAGGCUUCAUCAACCUUCCCUUUCAGGCUUCUCUCUUACCCCCUCCUCUUUUUUCCCCUCCUAUCUUUCCUGCAACCUGCUUCCUAGCAAUCUUUUGACACCUGAAGGAAAGCUAGGGAGGCGUGACCCAUUACAAGUGGUGGGGAAAGACAAUAAAAGGAAAGUCUGGGAAGGCAUGGAGGAAAGGAUGACUCUUUACAUGUAGCUGCUGAUUAUUUUGCAUGGAUUUUUGAAAGAAACGAACUGCAUUUGUGGAGGAAAGCUUUCAGCUUUGGUAAUACAGGGUUCAAAUUCACCAAGAAGACAGGGUAACACAAACCAAGGUAGAAUCAACAGAACAUGAAUAGAAAUAUUCUAUUUCCAUCACCACCUGAAGAGUAUAAUGAACCACAUACCUCAAGUGCGCAGGUAACCACAAUCAUCUCCGAGAACAAGCAACCAGCACAGCCAGCAGAAUCCCCAAGUAUCACAUCCAGCAUCCGGAAUGACACCGAGCCUCCUGGAUCAAUGGAUAACAGAAGCCUGGAGGAUGGUAUCUAUCUCAGCAAUGCAAACAGACAUAAGGGAACAGUGGCAGGCGCUUGGAGGGAGACUGAGAUGCAGAAGGAAAAAGGAUGGCAAGAACAAUCAGGAAGUACAGGGGACGGCAUCAGCAGUCUGGUAUUCACAAAUGGCUUGCACACUGAGACUGAGUCUGAGCCUGGCAAAGAAAGGGAUGACAAGGGGGGAGCAAAACGACAGGCUCAAAUCACUCCAAGGACGGGCAGUGCUGAUUUGGAAGAGAGACUCUUGAAAAACAAGUUGCUGUUCAGUGAGCCGCUCAGCAAAGCAGGUUUCCAGUCACACCGUGAUGUUUCAGAGCUGCUUGAUCCUGAGGAUGGAGAAGACCAGAUAAGCUUCGCUGCUGCAGAAGCCAAGCUAAGUUACAGUGAUGAUGACAGGGAUGAUUUUGCAUUUAAAGACAUCAGGGAUGGAUUCAGUUCUACCUUUGAAAAAAUUGUGGAAUCUGACCUUAUGAAGGGCACAUACUACAGCAGUCUGGACUCCUUGGAUGUGCUCUCACUGACAGAUGAGACAGACAGCUGUGUUAGCUUUGAAGCUCCCCUCACGCCUCUUAUUCAGCAACGAACUAAAGAAAGUUCUGAACUUUUAGAACAGAAACUCCUUGUUCAUCGGAAAGACCUUCUGGAGCCCGUGUUGACUGAUAAGGAGGAAGAGGCAAUGGCCAAGGCUCUGGAUAGUGAAUUUGGGAGCCCACUGAAACAUUCUAUCACUAGCAGCCGGUCUGAGAAUGUGCUCAGCAGGGCAUCUCUCAAAAACAUCCCUAACGGCUACCAUGUUGAGAGGACAGAAGAAGAUGCUACAAAGCUGAUGAAUUCAAUCAGUGAUACCAACAUAAAAGAUGCUCUUUCUGACUCUGACUCUGAUAUGGGAAGUACAGAACAACUUGACCAGGGAAGCACAGACACCCUCGUCAAUGGCUGCAAGGCAGAUGGUGAGGCUGCCAAGAGAUUGGCCAAAAGAUUAUACCACCUUGAGGGAUUCAAGCAUUGUGACGUCGCGCGCCAGCUUGGGAAGAAUAAUGAAUUUAGCAAAUUGGUAGCUGAAGAAUAUCUUCGUUUCUUUGACUUCACUGGGCUGACCUUGGAUAAAGCACUCAGAACUUUCCUAAAAGCUUUUCCCCUGAUGGGAGAGACCCAGGAACGGGAGCGUGUCCUCAUCCACUUCUCACAUAGAUACUGUCAGUGCAAUCCAGAAGAGAGCACAUCUGAAGAUGGAAUUCACACACUCACCUGUGCCCUGAUGCUGCUCAACACUGAUCUGCAUGGUCAUAAUAUUGGGAAAAAGAUGUCAUGCCAACAGUUUACUGCAAAUCUGGAUGGACUGAAUGAUGGAAAGGAUUUUGCAAAGGAUCUGUUAAAGGCCCUGUAUAAUUCAAUAAAAAAUGAAAAGCUAGAAUGGGCCAUGGAUGAAGAUGAGCUCCGAAAGUCAUUGUCAGAGCUAGUGGAUGAUAAGUUUGGUGCCAGUGCCAAGAAAAUGACAAGGAUAGUUGAUGGCAGCAAUCCCUUCCUGGAUGUUCCCCAGGCCCAGAAUGCCAUUACUUACAAGCAUGGAAUCCUCACUCGGAAGACACAUGCGGACAUGGAUGGGAAGAGAACUCCCAGGGGACGAAGAGGGUGGAAGAAGUUUUAUGCUGUGCUCAAAGGAACCAUCCUGUACUUGCAAAAGGAUGAAUAUAAACCUGACAAAGAACUUUCUGAAGUAGACUUAAAGAAUGCUAUUCGUAUUCACCAUGCCUUAGCCACAAAAGCCUCUGAUUAUAGCAAAAAAUCCAAUGUGCUGAAGCUGAAAACAGCCGACUGGCGAGUGUUCCUUUUCCAAGCCCCAAGCAAAGGAGAAAUGCUGUCCUGGAUCCUGAGAAUAAACUUGGUGGCUGCUAUUUUUUCUGCCCCUGCAUUUCCAGCUGCUAUCUGCUCGAUGAAGAAAUUCUGCCGUCCUCUCCUGCCAUCUUCAAUAACUAAAAUCUGUCAGGAGGAACAGCUGCAGUCUCAUGAGAGCAAAAUGAAACAAAUCGUAGAUGAGUUAACUGAGCACAAAUUACAUCCAGUAGCAAAAGGCCUCAAGUCAAAAGAAGCUGAAGAAUAUCGUCUGAAAGAACAUUACUUAAUAUUUGAGAAAAGCCGUUAUGACACAUACAUAAAUCUCCUGUGUGUGAAGAUAAAAGCUGGGACAGAUGAUCUGGAAAAAAUUGAAGCCAACCUCUUCACAAUGGAGACUGAAGAUAGUUCCUUGAGGAAGACUUGUUCUAGCCCUUCCAUAAGCCAAGGACAGGUGCCUGCUGUAAACAGCAAAGUCGAGAAAGACGUUAUAGAACAGAGUACUUCAAGCAACCAGUAAAUACAGGUAACCAGUAAGUGAUAGCUGGUCUUCUGACUGCAACUUAUGAGCACAAUUAUUUCUUAGAUGUACAUUAUGUACAUGACGCAAAUAUGUCAACGGAACAAAUUCAAAAGAAGCCGUAGUUUACAAUGAUUCUCUCCUGGUGCUUGAGUAUUUCAGAAUCAUAGGCUAUCCAUACCGAUUAUUACUGUAGAGAUUUCUUUAUUGUGCAUGCAAUAAAAGGACAGGUGUUCCAUACAAGGGCUGGACUGUUCUUUGGCCAGCUCCUUUUCCUUGUGAAUACCUGGAUUUUCCAUUAGGCAGCUUGACAACAGUACCUGGGCUACAGGGAGACACUACCAAAUCUGUUCCUUUAUUUCUAACAACCAUCAGUAGGAUUGUAGUACUACAGUCCUUUCAAUACAGAUGUAAAGGAACACCAGAACACCUGCAAUUGUACAGGGUCAGUUGCUGCAUACUGCAGUGCUAACAGGUUCUGGGGUGGACAGAAUAGAUGUUGAAUCAGAUGACUGGUUUUCACAUGAAUUCCAUAAGUGACAGACACGUCGCAAUAACUGCAUUACCUGCCCUACUGCCAAAACUUAGAUAUUGAAGGUUCAAGACUUAAAUAUGUAAUGUUGUAAAGGUAAACCUAUUCCAGAACACUAGCAGGAAGAAAAUAACUUUAAUAUACAGGGAUCUUAGCAGUGCUAAGUAAUGUUUUGAAACUGUAAUAUUUAAUUAACAUUUCUUUUUCUGUUUUGUAACAAAAAAAUCCCAUCUGGCUUUGCUGCAGUACAGGCGCUGCUGUUGCCAUACACUCCACUGCCGUAAAUAGCCAAUUCACUGCUGCUUCUCUUAUGCCCAUUCCUUCUGCUUCUGCUUCUGCUUCCUGGGCAUCCAAGCAACUGCAAGUUAAGCCUCAUGCGCGGGGAGGGUGGGAAGUGGAGCUGCUGAUCACAGAUAGCUGUACAUAUUCCAUUUUGCUGUCAGCGUAAAUAUAGUCACUUAAUGGGAUGUUGUGCUUCUAUUACUUUCUUGCUGUGCUAAAAGUGAUUCCGCUGCAUUUUCAAGGCCUCCAGCACUUUAUUUACUGAUUGAUUCAUUUUCAUCUUCUUUUCUAGACAUGUUCACACUUAAUCAAGUUCCAGUUUUAAAGGAUCUUGUAGCUGCUAAUUACAGUAAUUUACAGUUUAUAUUUUUGCAGCUUUUUAAAAUAAAGAUAAUAAAGAGAUUUGUUUGGAUUCUCUCUGCCUUUGAGAAUUUAUAAAUUAUUGAGUUUCCAUGUUUCUUACCACUGAGAAGUUACCACCCUGUUUUGCCACCCCCUUUUUUAAUCUCUUUGGUUUUUUUGUACAGUUUGAUAGUUUUAUUUGACGGGAUGCACUAAGAAUCAUGUACAAAUAAAUGAUGAUAAGCCUGUUA